AUGGAGUCGCAGAACGCUUCAAUCGAACGGUGUUUACUCAUUCAAGCAAAACUAAGAGCUUUAGCUACCGCAGUCCACAUUCGAAAUCUGACAGUGAGCAUAAACAGCAACCAAAACAAGAGUCCUUUUGAACUAUUCACUGGUAAAGCACCAAGAAGAAAUCAUCUUAGAGUAUUCGGUUGCACAGCUUAUGUAAGGAAAAGAAAAGUCAACUUACGAAAGCUCGAUUCCAGAUUUGUGAAAGCAAAAUUCCUCGGUUACGAUGACAAGAGUACAGCGUACAUUUUACAAGAGUUUUCUACAAAGAAAAUCAUCAAAGCCCGUAACGUUCUCUUCAAAGAAGAUGAAAUUCAGUCAUUCUCAGCAAAGGAGAAUUCUAGACCAGAAGAGUCAUUUUUGGAAAGUCCAAACAUUGAUCUUGACAAUGAACGUUCAAAUGAUCAAACCACCGAGAAACCGGUCGAAGAUAAAGUGGAGGAAAAUAGAGAAGUGAUCCCAAAUACACAUGAUCAAUUGGAAGAUGAAGAAGAAACAUCAGUUCCAAAAGCAAAUAGAAAUAGAUGA